GCGGAGGGAGUGUCCGCUGCUGGGUGGAGGUCUAGCAGCGGACGGACGUCUUCUUACUGUGAAUGACUUGAAAGAAGACAACAAAUACAGGCAGACAACAGCUCAGUGGACGAGGUGUUCUCACGGAAACACUUUGGUCCCUGAACUUCUUCACACUUUCCUCCCGCGUUCACCUGUAGACCUGCGUGAGGACACGAGAGACAAAACAAUGGACAAUACCACUCAGGCCUCCCAGAGCGGGGGCCUGCCUAAAGCAAAGCCGACUCUGCCCCCCAAACCCGGUCUCACUCCCAAACCUUUCUCCUUGCAAAAAAAAAGCACAAUUCGCUCCGUCAGUGCUCCAAAAACUGCCACCAAAACCGCCCCUACACCUAAGUCACCAACACCUCUGACCGAAAAAUCAGAGGCAAAAAGUUACCCGACCAAUGCUGUGAUCACCCCUGCUAAGAAACUGCCUCAACCCACUUCAGCCUCAGCUCCCAAAACCCAACCUGCCGGUGUGCCGCCUAAAUCUCAGCCAGAAGCAACAAAAGCAAGUGAAGCACCUCCAGAGAAUAAAAGUGGUCUUGGUUCUGAGAUGGUUGCUCCAGAUCCAACCACCAAAACAACUCCACCUAUAGAGGAACUUAAGUCAGAAUCGGUCCAGAAAGACAGUGUCAUCCAAACAAAUCACAAAACAUCAUCAGAAGCUGUUGCUAGCUCAGAGCAGAAGGAUGGAGAGGAGAAACAAAGUGAAACUCCAGUUCCUGUUACCCAAAUGACUGAAGAGUCAAGCAGCAACAGUUUCUCAGCAAACAGCUCAGUAUACAAGUGUGGCAGCACAAGAAAGCGUCUCCCUAAAGAGCUUACCUCAAAGUUUGAGUCAGGUGGUGUCCCUUUGCCCCCUCAGCCUUCGAAGGCCACUUCCAAACCCAUCACCAAAGAUGAUUCAGAUAAACCAGAAUAUUCUGAUACACAGCAAAGCCCUGCAACACCAGAGCCUCCGAUCAGAGAGAGUGAUGCACCUAAUGAGGUUUUUACCAGGGGAAACAGCAUUAAAAAGAGAAUCAGUCGUCUGUUUGACUCUGUGUCACAGCCGGACGUCCCGACCAAGAGAGAGGACCCAGAAAUUUUGAACGGAAUUGGAGGUGUGAAGGAGCAGAUCAAAAACUGGGCAGCAGAAACAGGUCCAGAGGAUCAGAAGGUUGAGAAGAAACCUCAGGCUGUAGCCAGGGUUCUCUCCAAGGGCUUUCAGCCUGUAGAUGAGAAGUCACCUGAAACAUCAAGAUUGGAAGUUCCUCCAGCAGAAGAAACAGCCACCCAGCCUGUGGAUGCACAUUCGACUGUAUCUUCACCUACAAGGAGUCAAAUUGAACCACCAAAGGAGGUGAGAACAGAAGAUAAAUACUUAGAAAAUGCAACAGAGACACAUGCAGAGUUCGACAAACCAAAGGAAGAUGUCCAGCCACAGAGGAACGACGUCGUUGCUGCUGAUGAGAAAGACUUGACCACUGACGGUGCACUGAAGAAGAAGAGGAAAGCCAAACGUCGCUCUGUUCGCUUUGGAACCGUGGUGGCAGAUGACGGUGGACCUCCAUUGAUGCUGAGCCUAGAGCCUGAAUCCAGUGAAGAUGAAAAGCAAAAAGAGGAUGUUGAGGCUGAAAACAAGGAGGAGGCUGUCGCUCCGAUGCCCAUCUACAGAAGAGUUGGCAUUCUCCAAAGGAAGGAUGAAGAGACACAAAUACAAGAAACACUCAAACACCAACAGUUUCAACAAAGGCAGAAGGAGGAGGAGAGCGAAGAGGCAAGACUUAAGAUGGAAGAGGCGCAAAAACAAAUAGAAGAGGAAGAAGCAAAGGAGAAAGAGAAAGCCAAACAGAAGGAGUUGGAGAAAAAACAGUUAGAAGAAGAAAGAAGAGAAAUGGAAAGACUGAGAGAAGAAAAGAUUGAAAAAGAAAGGCAAAUGGAGCUGCUGAGACAGAGACAGAUAGAAGAGGAAAUAAAUAAAGAAAGGUUGAGACUGGAGGAGGAGAAGAGAAACGAGGAAAUAAUGAGGGAAGAAAGAAAGAGGCAGAGGCAGAAAGAAGAGGAAGAAAGACUGAUCCAGAAACAGAAACUGGAAGAACGAAGAGAAACGGAGUUGGAGCUGAUGAGGCAAAGAAAGGAGGAGGAGAGACUCAGACAAGAACAAAUAGAACAACAAAAGUUAAAACAAGAGGCUGAGGAGAAGGAGAAGCUCAAGAGGCUGGAAGAAGAGGAGAAGAUAAAAGGAAGGGAACUUGAGGAGCAAAGAAUGAAGGAGUUGGAGCUGCUGAGGCAGAGGAAGGAAGAGGAGGAGAGACUCAGGCAAGAACAGAUGGAACAACAAAAGUUAAAACAAGAGGCUGAGGAGAAGCUCAGGAGGCUGGAAGAGGAGGAGAAGAUAAAAAGAAAGGAACUUGAGGAGCAAAGAAUGAAGGAGUUGGAGCUGCUGAGGCAGAGGAAGGAAGAGGAGGAGAGACUCAGGCAAGAACAGAUGGAACAACAAAAGUUAAAACAAGAGGCUGAGGAGAAGCUCAGGAGGCUGGAAGAGGAGGAGAAGAUAAAAAGAAGGGAACUUGAGGAGCAAAGAAUGAAGGAGUUGGAGCUGCUGAGGCAGAGGAAGGAAGAGGAGGAGAGACUCAGGCAAGAACAGAUGGAACAACAAAAGUUAAAACAAGAGGCUGAGGAGAAGCUCAGGAGGCUGGAAGAGGAGGAGAAGAUAAAAAGAAAGGAACUUGAGGAGCAAAGAAUGAAGGAGUUGGAGCUGCUGAGGCAGAGGAAGGCAGAGGAGGAGAGACUCAGGCAAGAACAGAUGGAACAACAAAAGUUAAAACAAGAGGCUGAGGAGAAGCUCAGGAGGCUGGAAGAGGAGGAGAAGAUAAAAAGAAGGGAACUUGAGGAGCAAAGAAUGAAGGAGUUGGAGCUGCUGAGGCAGAGGAAGGCAGAGGAGGAGAGACUCAGGCAAGAACAGAUGGAACAACAAAAGUUAAAACAAGAGGCUGAGGAGAAGCUCAGGAGGCUGGAAGAGGAGGAGAAGAUAAAAAGAAAGGAACAUGAGGAGCAAAGAAUGAAGGAGUUGGAGCUGCUGAGGCAGAGGAAGGCAGAGGAGGAGAGACUCAGGCAAGAACAGAUGGAACAACAAAAGUUAAAACAAGAGGCUGAAGAGGAGGAGAGGCUGAGACAGGAGGAUGAGGAGAGAAAAAGGAAGGAGCUGGGUAGAAUAAUGCAGCAAGAAAAAGAGCAAGAGAAGGAGAGGAAGAUGAUAGAGAAAAGAAAGAUACAGAUGGAGAAAGAAAAAGCAGAAGAGCUGAAGAGAAAGAUGCAGGAGGACCUGGAAAAACAGCGAGCUGAGGAACCAAGUAAAAAGCUUAGAACAGAUGAAGAGAAUGACAAAGCAGGGGAAAAUCUCAUCAAUUUUGACACAGAAGAUUACUCUCAGAAGUCUGAGCCCCUAUUCUCCCCCUCAUCAAACAUCUCAGAGAACACAAAGAGUCCCAUCGACACCAUUUACGAUGACUUCUCUGUCCAGAACCCUCUGCUGGACGUGGACUUUGACGACUUUUCUGUCAAACCCAGAAGAUGGACUCCCCUACCUAGGCUGGAAACUGCUCCCAUCAGCAGCAGCAAGACAGUCGAACCUGUAAACAAAGACAACUGGCUGGUGCCCUUCGACAGUGAACCUCGGAAAUCUCAGCAACAAAAAUUAUCAGAGCAAGCAGGAAAAACGUUGGUGCCCACCCCAGCCCCAGAUAGCCCAAAGAAAGAGAAGCUGGAGCAGUUGUUGAUAGAUCUUGGUGUGAAGGAGAAGGUGGAGGAACAGAGGCCAGUUGAAGACCAGUUUGAGUCUGCAGAGAUGAAGAUGGAGGUGGAGGAUGAGGGGGAUGAAGAGGAGGAUGAGGAGAAGAUGGAGAAUGGCUCAGAAGUGGCGAUGAAGGAAGAUGAGGAUGAAGAAGAGGACGAAAAAGAGGUGACGGUUUCAGCUAAAACAAAAAGUGGGAUGUGUCUCUUGACAAGCCAUGAGCCACAUGUUUACAGUUACUCCAUAAACAACGAGGACGAACCCAUUGAGGCUUUGUUUCACAGUGAACCACCACAACAGGAUGGGAUUUCUGAACAAACGCUCAAACCUGACAGUCCAACGCCCAUCUCUGACCCAGUCCCUGAUGUCUCCUCUGAAGAUGUCGAUUGUACCGAUUCUCAAAGAGAGCCAGAUUUAGCUCCAUUCCCUGAGAUCUCUACUCCUCUACUUGACACCAGCACACAGAGAUCCAAAGCAGUUCUAAGUAGGAGGCGAACACGAUCGCGUCCUUCUCGCUCACUCCGAUUAGGAUCGAUUAAAGCUGCCAGAGUAGAAUUGAAUAUCCAUGACGCUGAAAAAGGUGCCGAAUCAAACGAAAAUGAAUCUGACUCGGAAGAGGAACACCCUAAAUCAAAACCAGCUUCUUCUCCUCCGACAUCUACUCAGAAAGUUCCUAUGUUUCCAGGUCUUAGCCCUGCAGCCCUACUUGCUGGAAUAAAAAAGAAAACAGGUGGAGGAGCAGCUGGACCAGGAGAGAGAACAGCAAAAGACAAAGGACCACAAGAGAAAGAAAGUCAAAAUAAGGAAGUGGCUUCAUCUCUGUCACAGAUCUCAGGAUCUCCUCGCUUGCCGGCUCAUCUCGCAGGAGCUGCACGAGUGCUGCCCCCCAACGACAGUAAGGCUGGAAGCGCUGCCUCGUCUCCUGCAUGGUUAAAAGAGCUGAAGUCUAAGAAGCGUAUGAGUCAGCAUAACGGUGAAACUUAGACACAAGAAACACAGCUUGAUGCUCUUAAUCAGGAAUCGGAUCACAUCAGCUUCUUGCUGAUGAUUGCUCCAUUCUGCACUUUGAGUGCCUUAUUAUGGACCGUUUCCAAGGGAAGAAGUCAUGCUUUUUUCUGGACACAGAUGCAACAAUGACCUUUUGUAUGUUAACAAUGAAAUAUGGUGCCAAGGCUGUGUGCUGACGCUGAAAGGUGUUACUGCCAAGAAAUAUUUUCUCCAAGUGCUGUUUGAGAGCUCAGUGGGUGUUUGAGUGUGCUUUAGAGCAAACCCAUUCUGUGUCUUCACAUGUGAACGUGAAGUCCAUCAGGCAGGGAAUAAAGGCACGACACCUCAGCAGAAUACUGACGAUGUUUUUUAAAAAAAGGCUCCUUUUAGUAUUUAAUCCUAAUCUAACAUUUACAACUAAAAGUCUAAUCAAAUCUAUUAAAUCCAACGCUCCUACUGUAAUUUUUAAGGGUCCCCUGAGUUGUGUGGGCUCAGCCAAAAUCCUCACACAACAGAGAAAAACAAAGAAAAGCAUAGAAAUGUACAGACAUACUAAAUGAAAGUGUGUAUUUAGUUUAAGUUGCACAGGUUUUUUAUUUUUGUUUUACAGUAUCACAGUCCUUCUCAAGGAAAGCUUGAAGCACUUUAACAAAAAUAUUAGCAUAUUUCCACCCAUGCAAUAAAACUGACCAAUAGCAAAACCAUAUUUGAAGUUGUUUUCAUGGAGGAAGAGGAGAUUUUCUGUUUUUUGUUACAACUGUAUCAUAUAUAUAUAUUUCUUUGGGAGCAAUAACAGAUUCAGGAAAUGUGUGCCUGUGAGUUUAUGUGUUUUUUUCUGAGUUUGUUAAACCUAGAAAACUAUGUGCCUUUUCUUUUGCUUGAAAACUGUAUUUUGACAAUUAUGGGACCAUUUUUUUGGUCAUUGUAGUGUAUGUUUAAUGGAAAUGGAGGGAACUUUAUUAAAAGUUUUUCUUGUCUGUAAAA